CCACCGAAGUUCCCGGAUGUAAGGUGUCCAACGAUCAACCGCCAUUUUGGGCUCUUUCAGACAGAGAGACACAAAAGCAUUAUUGAUAACUCAAAGCUUAUGUACUAAUACUGGCCGGUCGAUUGCUCUUUAGACAGAAGGUGGCGAGAUGAUCGGAACAAGUUGCCUUUAUUUACAUUUUUACCGGCUGUAAGAUGCCUGCAGCCUGUGACAACAUGGCCACCAGGUCCAAGGGAUGUGCUCCUGAUCUGACACAGCUUCCACCAGUCACCAAUCUCCAGCAUAUGAGUAAGAGAGAAAUGCAGGCAUUCAUCACUAAGAUGCUCCAGUGUGUGACAGGCAAGAAGAACCCUGGCUAUGGUCUGGAGUCCGCACGGCCAGAGUGGUGGCCAGAGCAGGUGCCCUGGGUGGACAUCAAUAAAGAUGGCAAGAUAGACAGGCUGCAGCUGUCUCUCACUGAUGCCCUGCGUAACGUCAUUGUCCACUGUUAUUUAUAUCAUGGCCGCCAGGAUCUCCUGUGUCUGGGCCCCAAUGUACAGGUGGUCACCAAGCCAAACGGAGCCCUGAGUUUUCUUGGUGGAGAGAAAGGUCAUACGCUGGGAGACAGCAGAAAUACACAGUUUGCUGAUCCAUCUCUAACCAGUGCCAGCGCCUACAUUCCUGUCCCAGGUGACUCCCCCGCCAGAAAUACAAGGAGUACAUCUUUGUCAGAAGAUCACAGAGAUAAAACCUUUGUGGAAGUGUUUAUCUGUUUUCACUGUGAAAAGGAAUACUGCUCAAAGACGGAGCUUUUAAAUCAUCAGAACAUUUGUGAGCAGCGGCCCUCAAGUUUUCAUCAGCAGCUUCAGACACCUCCUCACAAAAUGUUGCGCAAUCGACACAUUCCGGAGCUGACGCCUCUGAAGAUUGUUCAGAGACGAGAGUCUGGGAAACGGCCUCCAAAAGAUAAAUUUUUGUCAGGGUUAGGCCUGUUGCCCCAGUACAAAGCAGAGGAACUGAAGAAGAAAAAGAAGGACAUUGUCAUUGAUGACAAAGCUCUGGAGGUGGAGGAACCCCAGACGCCUAGGUCCCCCACCACCCCCCGCACCCCAAAGUCACUGCUGUCACAGCUCACACGAGAACCUCCUGACACCCCUCACACUCCACACACCCCAAGUUGGCGCAGACUAAGUGUUUGCAAGGAGGAACGGCCGGCUGAUUUGGAGAGCGUUUCGGAUGCAUCGUCAGAUAUUAGUGAGGCAGACGAGAGACAGAGUGGGUAUAUGGGUCGAGGGAAUCUACUGACAAUUGACGUGAGUUCUCCACUGGGUAAACGCGUGAAGCGUUUGGUGCAGCCCGGCAGCGAGGGCACCGGAAGUGUCAUUCUCGAUUACAAUCGCUUCUGUCAUACGCCCACUAAGAGUGCUGUCAUGGGAAAACUCCGUGAAAGGAACGCCAAUUUUCCAAUCACUUUUAAAAAGACAAGAAGGACUAACCCUAAGUAUUAUCACAUGUAUACCUUCUCCACGAGACAACGAAGAGAACAGUACAAAAGACUUGUCACAGGACUUGAUAAAAGGGGAAGGAAACUGGCCAGAAGUUUACCCAAAUGUAAAGUGGUGCUACAGAGACUUAAAAAAGAGGACAUUAAAAAGUGGGUGAAACCAGUGAAGGUCCCUGUCAUCGACCUAAAACCGUUGUCGACAACAGAGAUCGCCCUCUGGGUAAAAACCCCAGACAAGGACGCUGUCCCAAAAAUGAAUGGGACCUCACCAAGAGAUGGGUGGCUUGCUGCGGCACGACUGCCUCCUGGGGAACUUGAUGUCGCGUUCAGAGAACCAGGGGUCCAUGUGUACCGAAGUCUGCUGUCUGAGUUAGAGGGAGGAAGCGGGUCCAGGGGCAGGAUUGGGAACUCUAUCAGCAGAGGUCAUCUCAUAGUUCAUCCAACCUCUACCAAUCAGGAAAAGAGUUCGGGAUCUAAAGUAGGUCAAUGUAGGUCAAGGUCACAGUCACCAAAUAAAUCGCCACAGAAUAAGUUGCCAACUUUAGCCAGUUUGUUGGACAAAUCACCAGCACCUGUGUCUUCAGGAGAAUAUUUCAGUCGGACCUGUCAAGUGCCAAACAUUAGGAUUACUUCACACGGAUCUCCAGGUGGAAAAUUCCCACAACACGUCAGUGCUAACAACAACAAAGAUUUGGUUCAAAGAACAAGUAAAAGAACAUGUCCGUCAUCUCUCAAAGCUGUUGCUGUGGGAACGCAAACAAACCAUUCGCCCAAACAAAUCUCCAUGUGGGAAGAGCCUUGUCCAAGAUUGACCCGCAGGAGAUCAGCUUCUUCAAGUUCGGAUUCCUCAAGCAGUUCCAUCAUUGUGCUGGAAGACAUUCCCGUUGUUGCUGCACCUCAUGCUGGUGGUACCAACACUGAGGUCGACCAAACCCUCUCUGAGUCAGACUGGUCUUUGGAAAUAUGUAGUGUGGAUUCAGAGUCUUCGUUCAGUCAGGAGCCACAGAGGAGAAAUCAGAGGUCCAGUACCAGAGGUAUAUCUCGCAGCGAGAAGCUGAAGCAAAAAUCAAGAGACCCUUCUCCUUGUAAAACUCACAGAUCUGGAUCUGCCGCGGUUUCCUCUUCACUGAACAAGGGAGAAAUGUACAGCAGCAGAGUAAAGCUACAGGCAAUCAGCAAUGGAGAUCCCUAA